CCAGAAGAGAAAGAUAUGAAUGGCUACAACUCCAGAAAAUUCCCUUCCUUGAAACAGCAGAAAGUCGGGCUUGAAACACUCAAUAAUCAUGGCUCCUUGCUUCCGAAACUGGGCCGUGGGUCCCUGCCAGAGUAGCUAAGAUUUCGUCUGGCCGGCACUUCUGGCCCCAGCCCACUGGCACUGAAGAUCCAGAUUCAUGGUUCGGGGUCAGGAUCACAGCGUCUUGAAGAAUCAGAGCUCUGAGCCCUGAACAUUGUACAGUAACUGUCUGCUAGGAAACUUUUUCAUGAGAGUAAUGUGUGAAGAUUUAAAUACAUUUUGAACCUAUCUGAAGGGGAUUGUAAAGGGCCAGGGAGCACCAGUUGGACCAGAAUGAGGACUAGGACCAAGUGGAAGGCUCUAGAUUAGAUACCUCUUCACCGGUUAGAGGUGUCUGGUCAGCCAGAGGGGAGGACAUUUAGUUCUUUCAUAGUCAUAAUUUUGCUUUUGCUUUUUGUGGUACGUUUUUCAAGAUAAAUAGAGAAAUCCUUGUGCAUGUGCAAGUGGACAGGAGAGAGAGGGGUACUACCUCUAUAAUUCCCUUCUCACUUUAGAUGCACAGAAUCUUGGGUCUUUUAAGCUCUGCAGAUGAAGGGUGAAGAAUGCUAAUGUACUGAAGGGCAUGAGGAAAUCAAAGCAUUUAAUACAUCUUCAUGAAGCUAAUGGAGGACUUUCAGAGUAAAUGAGGCUUUAAAGUGCAGACCUUAAGAAAAGCACACGAAUGAAGAAAUUAGCAUUGCCUUCCGUCUGUUACAGCCCCAGCAGUCCUGGGCAGACCCAACAAGACUCAAGCUGCUUUUAUACAGACUGGCAGCUCUCUUAUAGGAGAUAUGAAGCAUCUUCUUUGGUAGAGGCAAACACCAGCAUCAGGGAAAAAGUCGUUGAAGAUCCUCUUUGUAACUUCCUGAGGAUCUCAGAGGUGGAAAUGAGAGGUUCAGAAGAUGUGGCAGCUGGAACAGUGUUACAGCGGCUGAUCCAGGAACAACUGCGCUAUGGCACUCCUACCGAGAACAUGAAUUUGCUGGCCAUUCAGCACCAGGCCACAGGGAGUGCAGGACCAUCCCACACAACAAACAACUUUUCUUCCACAGAAAACCUCAUUCAAGAAGACCCACAAAUGGUCUACCAGUCAGCACGCCAGGAGCCGCAGGGUCAGGAACACCAGGUGGACAAUACGGUGAUGGAGAAACAGGUCCGGCCCACGCAGCCUCAGCAGAACAAUGAGGAACUGCCCACAUAUGAGGAGGCCAAAGCCCAGUCACAGUUUUUCAGAGGGCAGCAACAGCAGCAGCAACCACAGCAGCAGCAGCAGCAGACACCUGUGGGCCAUGGCUACUACAUGGCUGGGGGCACAAGCCAGAAGUCUCGCACCGAGGGGAGACCCACAGUGAACCGUGCCAACAGUGGACAGGCACAUAAGGAUGAGGCUUUGAAAGAACUAAAGCAGGGUCACGUCCGCUCUCUCAGUGAGAGGAUUAUGCAGCUGUCAUUGGAAAGGAAUGGUGCAAAGCAACACCUCCCUGGCUCAGGGAAUGGAAAGGGAUUCAAAGCUGGAGGUGGACCCAGUCCAGCCCAGCCUGCUAGUAAAGCCCUGGACCCUCGCGGUCCUCCACCCGAUUACCCCUUCAAGACCAAGCAGAUGGUAUCCCCAGUCAGCAAGAACCAGGAUCAUGGACUUUUCUACAGCGACCAGCACCCUGGGAUGCUCCAUGAGAUGGUCACACCUUACCCUGCCCCUCAGCCUGUGAGAACGGAAGUGGCAGUCCUGAGAUACCAGCCUCCUCCAGAGUAUGGGGUCACCAGCCGCCCAUGCCAGCUUCCAUUCCCGUCAACAGUACAGCAGCACAGCCCUAUGUCCUCCCAGACCUCCUCCAUCAGCGGGCCGCUGCAUUCUGUCUCCUUGCCACUUCCACUUCCAAUGGCCUUGGCAGCUCCCCAGGCCCCACCAGCCUCUCCCAGCCAGCAGCUGGGUCCCGAUGCGUUUGCAAUUGUGGAGCGAGCCCAGCAGAUGGUGGAGAUCCUCACGGAGGAGAAUCGUGUGCUUCACCAGGAGCUUCAGGGUUAUUAUGACAACGCUGACAAGCUGCACAAGUUUGAAAAAGAACUUCAAAGAAUUUCAGAAGCCUAUGAGAGUCUGGUCAAGUCCACCACCAAACGAGAAUCACUGGACAAGGCAAUGAGAAAUAAACUGGAAGGGGAAAUCAGAAGACUGCAUGAUUUCAACAGAGACCUUCGAGAUCGACUUGAGACAGCCAACAGGCAACUGUCAAGCAGGGAAUAUGAUGAGCAUGAAGACAUAGUUGCAGAGGGACAUUUUGCUUCUCAGAACAAAGAAUUCUUGAAGGAAAAGGAGAAGUUAGAAAUGGAGUUAGCAGUAGUGCGGACUGCAAGUGAGGACCAUCGGAGACACAUCGAGAUCCUGGACCAGGCUUUGAGCAAUGCCCAGGCCAGAGUCAUCAAGCUGGAGGAGGAGCUCCGAGAGAAGCAAGCAUAUGUGGAAAAAGUUGAGAAGCUGCAGCAGGCCCUGACCCAGCUACAGUCUGCAUGUGAGAAGCGAGAGCAGAUGGAGCGCAGGCUGCGGACCUGGCUGGAGAGGGAGCUGGAUGCACUGAGGACCCAGCAGAAACAUGGAAAUAGCCAAUCAGCCAGCAUCCCUGAAUACAAUGCUCCAGCCCUCAUGGAGCUUGUGCGGGAGAAGGAGGAGCGGAUCUUGGCCCUGGAAGCCGACAUGACUAAGUGGGAGCAGAAAUACCUGGAAGAGAGCACCAUCCGCCACUUUGCCAUGAAUGCUGCAGCUUCUGCUGCAGCUGAGAGGGACACCACAAUCAUCAACCACUCGCGGAAUGGCAGCUAUGGCGAGAGCUCACUGGAGGCCCACAUCUGGCAGGAGGAGGAAGAGGUGGUUCAGGCCAACAGGAGAUGUCAGGACAUGGAGUACACUAUUAAAAAUCUCCAUGCCAAAAUCAUAGAGAAGGAUGCCAUGAUCAAGGUGCUCCAGCAACGAUCACGUAAGGAUGCCGGAAAGAUGGACCCUUUGAGCCUACGGCCUGCCCGUUCUGUCCCAUCCAUUGCAGCAGCCUCCGGGACUCACUCCCGCCAGACCUCCCUUACCAGUGGCCAGCUGACUGAGGAGAAGAAGGAGGAAAAGACCUGGAAGGGGAGCGCAGGGGUGCUGCUUGGGAAGGAUCACCAUGAACAUGCCUCUGCCACCUUGCUGCCUGCCCCACCUGCCUCUGCCCUGUCCCCUCCAGCCUCUGCCUCGGCAGGCAGCAGCGCCCAUGCCAAGACAGGCAGCAAAGACAGCAGCACCCAGACUGACAAGAGCACUGAACUGUUGUGGCCCAGUGUGGCCUCCCUCCCCAGCCGUGGAAGACUGAGCACAACCCCUUCCAACAGUCCUCUCCUGAAACACCUAGCAGCUAAAGGGACUGCAGAAAAACUAGAGAACUCUCCUAGCCAUGGGAGAGGCCGGAUCAGCAGUUUGCUGCAUAAGAUGGAGUUCCCUGAUGGAGAGAUGAUGGAAGUUCUCAUCUAACUGCCACCCAUUUAGUAUCUGAAAACUGACAAAGAAGAAAAGUAGCAGAGAGAGAAAAGGAAGAUCAAGAUGGUUGCAGAUAAGAAGCCAGGAAAGGCAUUGUCAAAGAUUCCAGAUUAAUAAGAAUACUUUUCAUAACUGUUACAAAGAACAGGAAGCCUACAUAACUACAGAGAGAGGAGAAAGUUAUGGAUUUCUAUCCCAUAUAGUGGAAGAGGAGAUGUAUUUAGAUUUGGAAUCAGAGUUCAGAAGAAAUAGGAAAUGGAAUUUCACAUUGUAGGUGGGAAUGCUCUGUGUAACCCUAUUCUUUGGCUUUAAGCAGAUAAACCGAGCCUAGAUAUUCCUUGGAAAACCCCCAUUCUCCUUGCUUCUUAGCAUGUUUAAUUUAAGAAGAACCUGCUAGAAAUACCUAGAGCUCACCUUGGCAUAAUUCAGUAUCACUAUGCCAUUGUGGGAUAUUUCUAAGUGAGGGAUAAGGAAUUGCCAGGGAUGAUGAUCAUCAUCUCAUUGCCGGCUUCGUUUUCAGGAGGUCAUGAGGCUUCUUAAGUCUUCUGGACUCAACAGUAUUUUUUAAACAAAAUAGGAGCAUUAUGACCUUGUUCCUCUUUCAUCAUAACUUCUCUCAGUUUAUCACUGUCUCUGCUUUGUUCUCUUUAAUUUUACUUUUUUGUUAUGUGGUGUUUUGUUUUUGUUUUGUUUUUUGUCUGUUUAGUAAGACAUGGCAGAGUUCUUUAGGCCUAGAACUUAGGAAGACAUUUGAACUUGUCAUCAUUUCAUUCCUGAUAUAUCUGAUAGUAGUCAGUAGGACAAAGAUACAUACUGGCUUCCUGGCUGCUGCCUCAUCUAUGCCAGGCUGGGCUGCUCUCAGUCUCAUUCUGUGAACUGAGGAAGGUGGUUGAGGAGUAGAUCCCAUGGCUCACUGUGACUUCUUGCAUCAAGAUCAUGGCUCUGGCUUUCUUCUUUUACAUGAGCUCUCUUGUAAGGAGUUACUGAUUCUACCCCAUUGCUUUGUUGGAGCAAGACUUUCAAGAUAGCACUGCAGGAAAUGGAUGGCAGUUUGCAAACAGUUGCUUUGAUGGCCUCUAGAAUCUUUCCAGGUUCCCUUGUCCCACUUUCUUGCAUGUGGGGCUAAGGAGCACCUGCACCACUCUUGUGCAGUUGUCUGCUUGGUGCUGAUGAGCACACAGGCUUCCCUCCUCAGCCAUGAACUUGCUUUGAAAGUGGUCUGUUGAGUAGAUACACAGCAUGCUUAUGGUUUUCCAAGUUACAGAUGUGAGGAAAAAGUGUUACAGAAAUAAGCCAGGAGUAUAAGACGGUGGGUCUCUUGUGUGUUUGCUGUGAUGUUUUGCAUGGAACUCCAGAGACAUUGGCUUCCCUUACAAAUCUAGGAGAUGCUGGCUUAGAGAAGAGAAACUAAUUAGGUGAUAGGACACUGACUUUUCUCUCGGAAUGUGAUUUCCCAAGAUGUUUUUCUUUAAACUCUUAAAAUACUGAAGACAACACUAGUUGGGACACUGCUUGGAUAGUCUGUUUUAGGACUGGUCUUUGGAGUGUAACCUGAGUGAAGUUACAGUUGCCUCAAAAUGAGUUUGUAGAAGGAAGACAAGACAGGUCAGCCAGAGGAGAGAAAGAAAGCAAUGGCCUUUGCCAGUAGGCCUCUGAGCCCAAUAGAGGAAUUGGGGAUUGACUUCCUCAAACUCUGCUCUGAGGUGGGUACUGAGCUUUGUGCUGCCUGCUCUCUGUCUCUUCGAAUCAUCUCACAUUGAGCAGCAGAGUAUUGUGCAGAAUGAGAAAUCAAGGCAGCUCUGAAAACCUGAACAGAGCUUGCCCUGUUCUUGGGGGUGAAGAGGCAACACAAGCAGCCUUAUCAGUAGGACAUGGAGUUUAAUAUGGAAUGGAUGGGGAUGAAUUAGAGGGAUUCUGUCUACUGGUGCAUGUGGUUCAAUUGUUUGUCACAAACUCUUAAAAUGCAUUUUGGCCCCAAGUAAUGUUGAGGUCAGACUAGGAAGUAUAGAUGGGAAAGCUAAGGCAGUUCUACCAGCCUCACUUGCAUGUCUGGGCCACCCUAACCUUACAGUAUGCCAGCAACAGGUAAAGACAGGAACCACUGCCCAGUUUCUCCAGAUGCCUGACCACCACAUUGGAACACUCAAGCAUCAGGCUGGUCCUGCUAAAUUGUCAAGCAUUUUAAUUGUUAGAAGUUGAAUGGGAACAGGAACAUUUUACCAACUACAGUAGUGCUGUGGCUUUUGUCCAUCUUCUGUUUUGUUUUAUCUUAACCUAGUAAGAUUUCUUCUUGAGAAAGGGCAUCUAUAGCGUUUUCGGAAGACACCUCCUGUCAAGCCAGGGCCUUCAAUCAUUUUGUGCUCAUAGUUUCCUUUAAACUCACUUAAUUUGUAAUAAGCAAGAAUACAGUUGCUGAGCAUCUACUCUGAACUCUGGGACAUGUACAGCAUCUUACUUCCUUUUGCUCUGAGAAGAGCACUGGAACUAGCUAGCUAGCUCUGUUUUGUGGAACUGCCUGUGUAGACUGUGGUGCUAGUCCUCCGAGCACCAAGGGAGCAGGCACAAAUUUAUUCUCCUGACUGCAGAUGCAGAAACAGCUCAGAAAGGUCAAAUCCUUUCUCAAAUCUUCACAGGCAGGAGAAGCUAGGUUUUAAAGCAAAGGCCUAGAAGGGAAGCCUGAACUAUGGGAUGCAUGGCCUCAAGUAUAACAUGCAACACUAUGCCUGGACUCUGUCCCAUAUUUGUGAGAUGUAUGUGUAACACACAUAUGGUUGCCAUAUCUUUUAGAGCCUAAGAAAUAAGACUAAACACAGAACUUUUAGAAUUGCCCAUCACUACUGGGCAUGAAUGUUUCCUUUUGUGUUCUAUUAUAAGCACAGCUGCAGACUUACAUAAAAAACUAUAUCCAAAGUCUUGAUCAUCUUGAUUUUCUCAAUGGACAUCUGAUCAUAGAACUUGAGAGUAUUGUGUCAGAGUGAAGGAUAAAGGCUUUGGCUUUGAGUAAAGGUAUGUCAAAAUAAUUCUGCUUUCAUCUCGAGUGGGCUUUCUGGCAAUUCCAGUUUCUGCAUGCUGCCAGUGUCAUAUGGAGUAUGAGAAGUAGUUGGAUCAGGAAUUGACCCUGUAGCUUUACUUAAUUGAUGAUUCUGUAGGCAACAAACAUUACUGUCUGUAGGUCCAUAAAACUAAAUUGCAAAGAAAGCCAUAUCAUUUACCAAAAAUUUUACAGCAUUUUCAGAAUAUAUUCUGAGCAUUUUCUUCUCAAUAUUUCUUCUGCUUCCUAGAAGCUGGUGGCCAAAGGGUAUAGAGGUCAGCAUGUCUACACUAUGCCUGCAGCUCAUGGCAGCCUUGUUGCCCCUCAGUUUUGGCUGAGAGGGGAGGAAGUGGUGGAGAUUCCCAUUUAAGAUUUAGGAAUGUGUCAUUUGGAACUCAUACGAAUUUGAUUCUACGGUGCUAGGAGUAGAGAUCUAGGUAGUUGCUCCAAAUAGAUUCUGAGGUUUGGAAGAGAGAAUUUAGUAGUUCUUUUGUUAAUGGCAGAAACUCGAAAUGUACCCUGCAGAGAAGUGACUUUGUUCUUGUCAGGAGUAGCCUCGGCCUCCUACAUCCUCAAGAUGGAGUGGCUGAGUACACCUUUAUGCCAAGUACUGAUGGGUGGAGAAUCUUUGUUUGCUGGCAGCCUUCUGAAUCCCAGAGAGAGAUUUGCAAGGGAAGAUUGAGGUCCUGGGAGGCAAUGAUGAAGAGAAUAGGAGUUGAAAAGAUUUUCGAGGCAGACAGCUCCCAUGUAGACUCUAGAAAGCCAUGCUGAGAUGCUUUCUCUAAAACCCAAAUAUUCUGCUUUGUGUCUGUACUGGAGCAAGCAGUGUGUUUUUCUAAGAUCUCUAAAUGACUCUCAUUUCUGAUUGAAGAAGUCUCAUGGUCAUUGUGAACUAGGGUCUCCUGAAGGUUCCUAAAUGGUGAGGGCCUUAAGAAGCCAGAGAAUAGCCAGCCCUCCAACACAUCUGAGAACCUGAGACAGGCAUGAUAAAUGGUUUUAUGCUUUGUAAACGUUGGCUUUUUUUUUUUUUCUAACUUGUGUUUAAAUGAUCUUUAUUUCACGUGAGGAUUGUUGAAAUAUUUGCCUUUGUUCUGUGGCUCCAUGGAAGAUGAGCAGAUAAUUAAGAAGUUACCAGAAGCUAGUCAGCUGGGAGCAUGCAAACUUCGCCCUUCAGCAAAUGCAUCUCUUGGAAUUAAUGGGCAGCUUUUCCUUUGAAGUAGCGAACCUGUUUUUCAUUUAGUAAUUGAAUUAUACAUCAGGAUGUAUAUACGCAUGAGGUGUGACUAUAGGGUUGUGAGUAACAUUUCUUAUUCUGAGGGCUUCCUCUUACUCCUUUUGGGGGUUACUACAGUGCUGCCCAAGUUUGAAAAAAAUUGGGAAUUCCUCUAUUAGAGUGGCAGUGGCCUUCAAAGUCUGCUUCAAUUUCCCUUAGAAGGGAAAAAUCUUCACCCUUUGAGGAUAGAUUUAAGCUUUGGAAAUAAUCCCAAGUUGUUCAAAGCUUGGAUGAGUAAAUACAGAUGGCAGUGAAGGUAAGUCACACCAUUUUUAAGAAACCUCUUGGUAUGAAUCUAUUAAGAGGGAGAGCAGUACUCACACAUGGACAGCUUCCAUUGUCUGACCAUGCUUCGUGUUCACAUCUCUGCACACUACAGAUGUCAGUGCCCCCCCCCCCAGUAGCUCUCUUGCAAAGGCAAGUUAUACUUAAGUGCAUGUUAUUGUCAUGUUUGCAGUGAUUGAAGUAUGUCCUGGCCAUGAAACUUGGGCUUCUUUGCAGAAUUAAAUACUGCCCUGUGCAUAAGGCAGAGUGUAUGCAACAUUUUCUUGUAUCAGCUCCUGCAGUUUUGAUGCCCAGUAUCAUGUUAAAUGUGAUUUUGCCCAGGAUUCUGCUCUUGGAUAGAUGCCUGUGUUCAUUACAAAUGAGAUCUGUCCACAGUAUUUGAGUCAAGGCAUUUUUCCCUUUUGAGGAGGGAACAGUGGAGCCUACUCAAGGAAGCUCUUGCACAUCUGUGUAAAGUUCUGUGAAACAAGGUGCGUGCAAGUACCUGAUUCAGCCCAAAGAUGACAGUCCUGGUGUCACUGUUCUCUUUACCUGCUGUGUGUCAUUGUGCUGCAGACAUGUGUUUUGGGCAUCUUUGUGUCACUGGCCUCAACUGAGAGGUAUAUGGGUCUGUAUGGCCAGAUGGGUCUGUACAGAGCUGGGGAGUGCAAGAACACCAGAUGUCCCACAUAGCAAAUAUGGAUACAGUUGUCAGCCAAAGAUUUUCCUAUUCUGUGCUGCUUAAACCUGUGCCUUAAUCUUGUAAUAUAAUAAAUGGAUAAAAUAGCA